CAUUAAAACUUUAAAAACGUUUUUUAAAGUUAAUCAUCUAUAUAAAUGAAAAUGAUUUCAUUACACGAUUUAUUUAAUGCAGAAAUCGGCAAUGAUUUCAUAUUUACUGACCAAUCACUGUCUGCAAUACCGAUGACUGGCCAGUCGUGUUAUAUACCGAGCACCGAUUUAGUGACCAUGAAGCCCCCACACAAUGAACAUGUUUAUAAUAUAUGCCAUAAUGCUAUAACAUCGGGACGUGAGUCACAACAACUGUCAUCACUGGAUGAAGAGGAUAGGGAUGCGGAC